CUCGCUGAGCGCUAAUUCUCCUUCACUGACAAACUGCAGCCGAGGAAACAGAGGCAGCCUAAACAUCAACUACAAUCACCUCACAAUAAAAAAUGAAAUUGUACUGUUUGUCAGGUCAUCCAACGCUGCCUUGCAAUGUCCUCAAGUUUAAAUCCACCACAAUCAUGCUGGACUGUGGGCUGGACACCACGUCUGCGCUGUACUUUCUCCCUCUGCCUUUGGUGCACAGUCCAAGACUGUCCAAACUCCCAGGAUGGGUCUCUAAGGACGGUACAGUGAACCUUGAGAAAGAGCUAAAGGAAUGCGCCGGUCGUGUUUUUGUGGACUCGCAGCCGGAGUUCUGUCUUCCUGAGAGAGAGCUGCUUGACCUGUCUACUGUUGAUGUUAUCCUAAUCUCUAACUAUCACUGCAUGAUGGCUCUGCCCUACAUCACUGAGCACACAGGCUUCUCAGGAACAGUCUACGCUACUGAACCCACCUUUCAGAUCGGCAGGCUGUUGAUGGAGGAGCUGGUCACUUUCAUGGAGAGAGUUCCAAAGGCUCAGUCUGCCACCUGCUGGAAGAACAAGGAAAUACAAAGGAUGCUCCCUGGCCCGUUGAAGGAUGCAGUGGACGUUUGGUCGUGGAAGAGGUGCUACAGCAUGCAGGAGGUGAACUCUGCUCUCAGCAAAGUGCAGCUGGUGGGCUAUUCGCAGAAAGUGGAGCUGUUUGGUGCAGUCCAGGUCACUCCUCUUAGCUCUGGAUACUCUCUGGGCAGUUCAAACUGGAUCAUCCAGUCUCACUAUGAGAAGGUGUCCUACGUGUCUGGAUCAUCACUGUUGACCACCCACCCUCAGCCCAUGGACCAGAGCUCCCUGAAGAACAGUGACGUCCUCAUUCUGACAGGCCUGACCCAAAUCCCCACUGCCAACCCAGAUGGCAUGCUGGGAGAAUUCUGCAGCAACUUGGCCAUGACAAUCCGGGCUGGGGGGAACGUGUUGGUGCCGUGUUAUUCCUCUGGAGUAAUCUAUGACCUGCUGGAGUGUCUCUACCAGUUCAUGGACUCAGCUAACCUGGGAACCACGCCUUUCUACUUCAUCUCCCCCGUUGCCAACAGCUCCCUCGAAUUUUCUCAGAUAUUUGCAGAGUGGUUGUGUCAGAAUAAACAGUCCAAAGUUUACCUCCCUGAGCCUCCUUUCCCACACGCUGAGCUGAUCCAGACCAAUAAACUGAAGCACUACCCAAGCGUCCACGGCGAGUUCAGCAGUGAGUUCAGGCAGCCCUGUGUGGUUUUCACUGGCCAUCCGUCACUGCGCUUUGGAGAUGUGGUUCACUUCAUGGAGCUGUGGGGCAAAUCCAGCCUCAACACCAUCAUCUUUACCGAGCCGGAUUUCUCCUACCUGGACGCUCUGGCCCCCUACCAGCCUUUGGCCAUGAAAUGCGUGUACUGCCCCAUCGACACACGCCUCAACUUCCACCAGGUGUCCAAACUUCUGAAGGAGGUUCAGCCUCUCCAUGUGGUGUGUCCUGAGCAGUACACUCAGCCUCCCCCGGCUCAGUCUCACCGGUCUGAUCUAAUGCUUGAGCUGCAGCCACCCCCCAUGGCGUACCGCCGCUGUUCAGUGCUGGGACUGCCCUUCCGCCGCAGAUAUGAACGCAUACAGCUGCAGCCUGAGCUUGCCAAAGCUCUGGUGCCCUCUGAGAUUAAACCUGGCAUCUCCGUGGCAACCGUGUCAGCAAUUUUGCAGUCCAAGGACAACAAGCAUGUUCUCCAGCCAGUACCCAAACCUACUCCGGUGCCCCCCAGUAAGAAGAGAAAGAGGCUGAUGGAGGAGGUUCCAGAGCUGCUGAGCCCGAAGCCCCUGCUGAGUGGAUCCAUUCCACUGGAGGCUUUCCUGGCCUCACUGCACAAGAGUGGCAUCACGGAGGUGAAGGUAGAGGAGACGCCGGACGGACACAUACUGCACCUGCAGGCAGAGGACGCGCUUAUCCAGCUGGAAGAGGACGCCACACACAUCGUCUGCGACAACAAUGAACCCCUCCGCGCCACCCUGAGAGACCUGGUGAUCCGCUUCCUCCAGAAACUAUGACCUCCACCCUUUCAGCUGGACUCAGAGACUCAGUAAUCUGUUAGCACUAAAUACUGAGACACAAUUGAAGCCACAGUUUCAGUGCACUUGUGGUUUAAGCUACGAAAGGUCAGCAGGUUUGAGGCUUAGUGGACAGUAGGCCUGUACGAUAUGAACAAAAUUCUGUAUUAUCAUUAUAUGGUUAGAGAUUUCAACUGUGAUUAUACAAUCCUGUUCAAAAGUCCCUUCAUUUAAUUUCUAGUCUAAACUGUCAUUGAGUAUGUUAUACAUUUUUCAGCAUCAGGAAAAAGCAAAAAACAUAUUUAACUGAAAAUCACAGUAUAUCAAAAGUAUAAUCUCAGAUCUUUGAGUGUUCAGUUUGUCAGUCUUUACCUUUAUUCCAGCUUCCAUUCUUUUCAGGAGACUCACUUUCAGUUUCUCAAAGAAAUCUGCAGACACAGCCCCAAAGUUCAGUCUUAGACGUUGGUUGAUCAUUUUCUGAAGCAAUCCAAACACAUGUAGUGAUGUUUAGGCCGGGACUCUGGGGUGGUCAGUCCACUGUUCAGCUUCUUUGUUUGAUGUGUCUCCUUUUCUCAGUAAGGCUUCUUGACAGCUCCCUGGUCAAGGAACACUCCAGCCGAUCCCAGAGGUGUUGGAUGGAGCUCCAACACUGCAGAGAACACAGUUCCACUGCUCCACAGCCCAAUGCUUGGGGGCUUUAUACCCCUCUAGCCCACGUUUGGCACUGGGCAUGGUGACUGUAGGCUCAUGUGCGGCUGAUCCAGAGGGUCCCAUUCUGUUGAUCUCUGCUUUUUUGUGGUGUCUUUAAUGGGUGCACCUUAAAGUAGCCAAAUUCACUGAUUAGAAGAACUGUAUGGAUCCUUUUGGACAUCUAAUGUACUUUUACAAUAGAUCGAAACACAAUGAUGAACGCUUGGACAAAAUUGGCCUUCAUUAUUUUCACCAAAAUUAUUUACAUUUGUUGAAUUACCUGGAUCCCUUGAUUAAUCAAAACUCACAGAAACUAAUCUGGAGCUGUGAUUGGUCAGGAUGCUCAGAGAAACACUUGUGACUGGUUAGAUGCUCAUUUGCAUGUUGCAUUCCUCUGUGAUGUCAGUAUUGCUAAUAUUGUGAUUAUGAUAAAUCAUGCUGGCCUGCUGUACACAUCAAGACGUACACGUCUCGGUUGCAUUAAGUCCUCAUUGGUGUACGUUACUGUCUUUCAUGCUUAAAAUUGCCACAAUGUGGAUGAAGGUAUAUUUUUUUAUCAUUAAAACAAGCAGGAAUUCACAUGUGGAAAAGAUUCAGAAAGCAUUGUGUUAACAGAACAGAACAGAAUGGUGUUGUGGUUCGCUCCUUUGUAUAAUAGCUUUUGGAUUGUUUUUGUAAUAAAUAUUAUUUAGAAAUGUGUUUUCUGUUAUGUUGAAAGAGGAUAAUGGACAUAAUGAGCUGCCCAUGUUGUUAAAGUGACUAGAGAUGCACUGAUUGUGAAAUUUUAUGGCCGAUUCAGAU